UGGGCCUGGUAAUCAUAACUGAUGUCGAAACAGAAGCACGACCCUCAUAUGCAGGUUACCCGUUCUCAUCAGGCUGGGUUGAUUGGCUUCCACCCGUCCAUCUAAUUCAUGCAAAUGCUUGCAAGGCCCAUGCUGGGGUCCCAUGCGGGAUCCUUGUACAGCCUAGGAUCCCUCGACCACUUCUCUGGUUACGAGAUCUUGAGCGUGUCUCUCGUCUCUUUUGGUCCAACGACUUCCUGGCCUUCUCUCCCCUCUUCUUUCUCUUCUAUUCUACGGACCUUCUUUUCAUUCGUUACGGUCUGUCGACUGUUGGUUAUUCGUUCGUUUCUUACACUCAUUUACCCUUCUGUUUAGUCUGUCGUUUCCUUGCCAUAUUUGCUAUCCUUGAGGCGAGCUGCGCUCAUCAUCGUAGUCUUUCCACCCUUUUUGACCAUACAGCAUCAUCUUCACCUCAGAUGUCACCCAAUGAUCAUCACAACUUCACACUUUGACUGUUGACCAACGAGUGUCGUACAUAACUGAUCUCCCUUGGCUUACAUCUUCGAAUCGACUUCGCCACAUUGUGUGACAGCCUCUGAACAAAUCAAACCUCAAACCUCCGUCAUCUCAUAAACCAUCUCACAUAUACGAUGGAGGGGCCUCCUUCUACCCGGUCAUUUAGACCAUGGGUGUGGGAGAAGCCUGGCUCAGUCAUGAACUUUGAAAACUUCGAAAGUAUCUCAGAAGAGCCUGGCUCCGCGUCAACUACACGACCCCCGACUAGUCGGACUCGAGGCUUCACCACUUCUUCAGGGCGGCAGACCGUUAGAUGGCCCUUUCACAGCUUCAGCAACUCACGAUCUUCUAUUCCCAAUUACCCUCGCAGACCGUCCAACUCUCGCUCUAUCCCACACAGUUCGGGCUCUUUUCCUCGCCGUGCUGCCGGCAGCAUAAGUCGUUCUGUCUCUAGCGUUCUUGGUAGCGACAUCAUCCCUGACUAUGUAGUCAACUUCAUGCGCGGCGAGACGCCGGAGACUCUCGCUCGAAGACACCGCAUCCCAGAUAGUCCUGAGCCUGGACAAUUUCAACGCCCACGGGAAUCUCAACUCGACUUUAUUCACUCAGCCUCGAGUACACCCGACAACUCGAGGCCGGGUACUCCGAGGGCUGAACGGGAGAAGAUGCUCGUGGAGGAACGACCGCAGCCUACCCGAUCACUUAUGACGGGAUGGAGAGCUGGUGUUGCAGCCAACAUGUUCCUGGCUUUCCUGAUUCUCGUGGCUUCUGUGGCUUGUCUCGCUCUCGCCUCGGCCCAGGGGCACAUGUCAACAUGGGAGUCGUUGUUAAUGGAGGGUAAUUCGACUACCGUUGAAGGUAUUGCUAGAGGGAUCUUGGCGGCCGUGAAUGUGUUUGCCAUCAUUCUCCUCGCUGGGGCCAACUAUGUCGUUCAAAUCCUCAACAGCCCGACUCGUGCUGAGGUAGACAACGCCCACUCAACUUUUAAGUGGCUCGACAUCGGUAUCCCAUCUGUACGAAAUAUGUCACUCAUCUCUUCGACUAGGGCAACACUGUCAGGUAUCAUGAUGGUGUUUGCCCUCCUUUCCCAAGUAAUAUAUAAUUCCAUAAUUAUUACUACCGAACACGCAGAGGAAUCUAAAUCGUCGCUUAAUGUUAACGGCCCUCUCCUCGCCGCUAUUACGCUAAUAAAUGUUGUUCUCAUCCUCACUUAUGCCAUUGCUGUCGCAUUAGCACUCACCAGACAAGUUUUCAGCCCACUCGUCACGCUUGGUGAUGCUCUGAGCUCGUUCCUCGCCGAUCCCGAUAUCAGCACUCAGGAUUCAUGUCUCAUUACCAAGGAAGAGAUCAAGAAGGGAUUAUGGGGAGACCGAGAGGGCAAGUACUGGUAUGCCAAGACAAGCCGCUGGGUUAAUGUUCCCUCAUUCAACCGAUGGGCUAUUUGGUUCAUGACAUGGAUCAUGCCUGUGGGGUUGGCAGCUGCGGCUCUGGCGCUAUGGGCUGUGGAGGAACCCAAGGAGGCCUUCACUAGGUUCGGCAAGGCGGCAGUGGUAUAUGAGCUGCCCGUGGGAACUUCAAGGUCUGGUAUGGCCGUUGUGGCUGCGUUGCCCCAGCUCCUUUUGGGUCUGCUGUAUCUUUCCAGUAAUGCGCUGCUUACCUUGUUUUACCUGUCUCAUGAGCUCUCGCAGUUUACAUCGGACCUGCUUCCUUUGCGCGUGUCUUCAGGACAGCCACUCGGUUCACAGACAACUUCACUGUAUCUCACCUUGCCUCGACCCGUAUCCUGGAUACUCUUUUUUCUUGUUACCGCGAUGGCAUUUCUCCUCAGUCAGGGCAUUCUUCUCGUGUCCGUGGACGGCAUUAAGGGAACUACAACGGGAAUUGGCUUCAGCCCCCUACCGCUACUUAUCCUCCUCGUUCUACUCGCUUUACUCGGUCUCGGCAUUGCUGGUCUCGCAUUCCGGCAGGUGGAUCCCCGUGGUUCCGUUGAAGGGGGAGAACCGGCCGGUAACCCACUCGCUUUAGUGGGCGGAACGUGUUCGGCGGUUCUGACCGCACGAUGCCACCGGGUACCGCGAGAAGGCGGCGUUGAAACACUCGAGGUUCGUUGGGGCGUGGUGCGAGAAGGAGUAGGAAUGAAUGCAGGACAUGCGACCUUUUCUGGAAGACCAGUGGGGGACAUCAUGGUUGGUAGAGCUUACUCCUGAGGAGAUGAAUUUAUACUAUCCAACUGAUUGUCUUGGGCAACGAUUGCAUUCUUUAUAGCGGGUCUGAUUAUUCUUGGGAUGCUGAUGGUGUUCUGUGAUAAGAGCGAGGCUCAUAGUGUAGGCACGGAUGAUACACCUGGCGUCUAUUGGGAGAGGGUUUCAUGUGAAAAGUUCGAGUGGUUAAAAGAGUCGAAUUUCUGUAGGUAAUUUUUGUCCAAGGUUGAGAUAAAACGGCUAUCAAAUUGAAUCCACCAUGUGCAUGUCGUAUGUAUUCUAGCCAUUAGAAACGAUCGACAGGGGUGAGAAUGAGAAGAGAAUGCCCAACAAAAGAGAUCAGGGCACACCUGUUGGUCCAGAUAUCUUACAUAUGUUAUGAAACGGCUUGUUGGGUAUGAGUGGACAGAUUGAGAGUUGGGACAUAUGAUCAGCAACUAAGAUAAUCAAAGAUGGGAGGAACAUGGGCUAACGUUCGCGGCCAAAAACGAACACGAAACGGAUCACUCAGAAGAGUCAAAGUUAAAAUGAGGAAUAAACAAGGCGAAUGGUGUCAGCAACAGACGAUUCGGGCCCUCCCCCACGUUAUACACUUCUGUCAAGUGUCAACAGUUGGUGAUGAUUGGGGCUUCAGAACGAAGAAUUAUCGUAGGAAUAAGACAAGGGCAAGGAGGGAACGAGUCGGCAAAGAACCAAAUUCUCUAUAUCCAUCUUUCACGGAAUUCAAGAUAAUAAGAAAGGUUGGUAGAAAGGAACCCCUUUGUUCUCGACCUUGUUGGAUAAACGAAGCGAGGUACUCUGUAGAAGAUCUAGAAGCCGACUUGGAAGACACAGACUUUGGUUGGUCAGACAGUGGUAAUCUCUCUGAGCCACA